AUGGCGCCAUAUGAAAUGUUGUACGGUAGAAAGUGUAGAACCCCUGUAUGCUGGGGAGAAAUCGGGCAACGAGAACUCGCUCCUAAAGAUGUUGUGGCGAUAACGAAUGAGAAAAUUGAUCAAGUACGGGCUCGUUUGAAGGCAGCACAGGACCGACAAAAAUCUUAUGCAGAUAAAAGAAGGCGCCCUAUUGAAUUUCAAGAAGGGGAUCGGGUGUUCCUAAAAGUCUCGCCGUGGAAUGAGUUACCUCCAGCUUUAGAUGGAAUCCAUAACACUUUUCACGUGUCUCAAUUAAGGAAAUGUCUAGCGGAUGAAACGGCAUAUGUGCCACUUGACGAUAUCGAGAUGGAUGAGAAAAUGAACAAUGUUGAAAGGCCGAUGGCUAUUAAAGAUUCCAAAAUAAGGCAUCUACAAAACAAAGCCAUUCGACAAGUUCUAGUUCAAUUGCAACACCGGAAAGGAUCGGAUUUAACAUGGGAAUCGGAAGAUGAAAUGCGAAAGCACUACCCGUCUUUAUUUGGUACGUAUUAG